UUUUGUUUACUACACGUCAGUCUUAUGUUGAAAAUUGUAAUUUGAGUCGCAUCAAUAGCUUGGGCAAUACUCUUUCCCAAGAGGAAGAAGGCCUCUCGUGGUCGUGGAUAACCCCAACAAUAGUAAGGUUAAGUGUUUCCUUCUCUAUCUGCUGAUUACAUACGAUUAGGGUUUAGGAUGUAUCAUGUUAUUGUUUCUCAAGAAGCCUAGGGUUUAUUGGCUGUUCUAGUAUUUAGAUUCUGUCAUUUACUGUUUACUACCAAGUUUGAAUUUGAAGCAGGGUUUUUCUGAGAUUUGGAAUUGAGAAAGGGAGUGAUCUCGAUCGAAAUGGCGCAUCUGGGCCGUGGUGCGGAAGCGCACGCCAUACACAAGCAGUACGAUUAUCGAGCCGACUCCAGUCUGGUCCUGACCACCGACUCUCGCCCACGGGACACCGGCGAGCCCGAGUCCCUUUGGGGCAAGAUCGGCACCAAGAGCUUCGGCGAUAGGGCCUAUCGUGGGAAACCUCCUGAACUGGACGAGAAGCUUCAGAGAGCCAAGAGGAAGAAGAAGGGAAGUGACCCGCUUGCCGAACCCCAACCUGGCCGCCAGAGCAAGCGGCGCCGCCUUCAAGAAGAGAGUGUCUUGACUUCAUCCGAGGAAGGUAUAUACCAGCCGAAGACAAAGGAGACGAGGGCUGCGUAUGAGGCUAUGCUGAGUGUCAUUCAACAACAGUUGGGUGGCCAGCCUCUCGGCAUUGUCAGUGGUGCCGCCGAUGAGAUCUUGGCUGUCCUUAAGAAUGAGACAAUUAAGAACCCCGACAAGAAGAAGGAAAUUGAGAAGCUACUGAAUCCGAUUCGCAACCCUGUUUUUGAUCAGUUGGUUUCGUUUGGGAGGCUUAUCACUGACUAUCAAGACGGGGGUGAUGCAGCUGGACCUGCUGCUGCCAAUGGUGAUGAUGCUCUUGACGAUGAUGUGGGCGUGGCAGUCGAGUUUGAGGAGAAUGAGGAGGACGAUGAGGAGACUGAUCUUGAUAUGGUCCAGGAGGAUGAAGAGGAGGACGAUGAUGUGGUGGAAGCCAAUGGUGCUGGGGCUAUGCAAAUUGGGGGUGGGAUCGACGAUGACGAUGAUAUGGGGGAAGCAAAUGAGAGUAUGAGCCCGAAUGCACUGAGCAUUGGUGCUUAUUGGCUUCAGGGGAAGAUCUCUGAAGCAUUUGAAAAGCAGAUUGAUCCACAAAAGUGCCAGAAGCUUGCAGAAGAGGUCCUUAAGAUACUUGCUGAAGGUGAUGGCAGGGAAGUGGAGUCGAAGCUGUUGGUGCUUCUCCAAUUUGAUAAGUUUAACCUUAUUAAGUUUCUGUUGAGGAAUCGACUGAAGAUUGUGUGGUGUACCCAGUUGGCAAGGGCUGAAGACGAUGAACAGAAGAAGAUCGAGGAGGAGAUGCUGGGUUUGGGUCUGGAAUUGGCGGCAAUUGUUGAUCAGUUGCAUACCACAAGGGCUAGUGCAAAAGAAAGGCAAAAGAACUUGGAGAAGAGUAUUCGAGAAGAGGCUUGCCGAUUGAAGGAUGAGAGCAGUGGAGAUGGGGACAGAGGUAGGAGAGGGCUUGUUGAUAGGGAUGCAGACAGUGGCUGGGGCCAGCGCCAGUUACUUGAUCUGGACAGUAUUGCUUUUGAACAAGGUAGUCGUUUGGUGGCGGCAAAAAAGAUUGAGCUUCCUGAUGGGUCUUAUAGGCAUUCUAGCAAGGGAUACGAAGAAAUUCACGUGCCCGCAUUGCAGCCAAAAUCACUUGUUCCAAAUGAGAAACUUAUAAAAAUAUAUGACAUGCCAGACUGGGCACAACCAGCUUUCAAAGGAGUGAAGGAGUUGAACAGGGUACAGAGUAGAGUCUAUGAGACUGCCCUUUUUAAAGCUGACAACAUCCUAUUAUGUGCUCCCACUGGUGCAGGGAAAACUAAUGUUGCAGUGCUCACCAUACUUCAGCAAAUAGCAUUGAACAGGAAUUCGGAUGGUUCAUUCAACCACAGUAAUUAUAAGAUUGUAUAUGUUGCACCUAUGAAAGCUCUUGUCGCUGAAGUCGUCGGCAAUUUGUCUGAUCGAUUGCGGUAUUAUGAUGUCAAGGUCAGGGAGCUUAGUGGAGACCAGUCGCUUACUCGCCAACAAAUUGAAGAAACUCAAAUUAUUGUCACAACUCCUGAGAAGUGGGAUAUCAUUACCAGGAAGUCAGGUGAUCGUACUUAUACACAGCUUGUGAAGCUUCUUAUCAUUGACGAGAUUCAUCUUCUUCAUGAUAACAGAGGACCUGUGCUUGAAAGUAUUGUCGCUAGAACUGUAAGGCAGAUUGAAAUUACAAAAGACCAUAUUCGGUUGGUUGGGUUGUCUGCUACACUCCCUAACUAUGAAGAUGUGGCUUUGUUCUUACGGGUUGAUCUGGAAAAAGGAUUAUUCCACUUUGACAAUAGUUACAGACCUGUACCUCUUUCCCAACAGUAUAUUGGAGUCACGGUAAAGAAGCCAUUGCAGAGGUUCCUGUUGAUGAGUCAUGUCUGUUACGAAAAGGUAAUGGCUGUAGCGGGAAAGCAUCAAGUCCUUAUUUUUGUCCACUCGAGGAAAGAAACAGCCAAAACAGCUCGUGCCAUACGAGAUACUGCUCUUGCUAACGAUACUCUUGGUAGAUUUUUGAAAGAGGACAGUGCAAGCCGUGAGAUUCUCCAUACUCAUAGAGAUCUGGUCAAGAGCAAUGAACUUAAAGACCUUCUGCCAUAUGGUUUCGCUGUUCAUCAUGCUGGGUUGACAAGGUCUGAUCGCCAGCUUGUUGAGGAGCUAUUUAAACUUGGGCAUGUGCAAGUUUUGGUUUCUACUGCAACUCUUGCUUGGGGUGUCAAUUUGCCUGCUCACACCGUUAUCAUCAAAGGGACCCAAAUUUACAAUCCAGAAAAUGGUGCAUGGACCGAACUAAGUCCUCUGGAUGUUAUGCAGAUGCUGGGUCGUGCGGGAAGGCCCCAGUAUGAUUCGUAUGGGGAGGGCAUAAUCAUUACUGGUCAUAGUGAACUACAAUAUUAUCUUUCUCUAAUGAAUCAGCAGCUUCCUAUUGAAAGUCAGUUUGUGUCCAAAUUGGCUGACCAAUUGAAUGCAGAAAUUGUUCUAGGAACUGUUCAGAAUGCUAGAGAAGCCUCCAAUUGGAUUGGGUACACUUACUUGUAUGUCCGCAUGUUGCGCAAUCCUACACUCUAUGGUUUGGCACCUGAUGUUCUCACGAGAGAUAUAACAUUGGAGGAGAGGAGGGCUGAUUUGGUCACGGACUUGGGUCGCAUUGCUAGUUACUAUUAUAUAACUCAUGGGACAAUAUCGACGUAUAAUGAGCAUUUGAAGCCCACUAUGGGAGAUAUUGAGCUUUGUCGGUUGUUUUCACUCAGUGAAGAAUUCAAAUAUGUUACAGUGCGGCAGGAUGAGAAGAUGGAGCUAGCAAAGCUUUUGGAUCGUGUUCCUAUUCCCAUCAAGGAAAGCUUGGAAGAGCCUAGUGCCAAGAUUAAUGUUUUGCUGCAAGCAUAUAUUUCACAGUUGAAGCUUGAAGGCCUUUCAUUAACAUCUGACAUGGUUUUCAUAACUCAGAGUGCGGGACGUCUUCUGCGAGCUCUUUUUGAGAUAGUUUUGAAACGUGGAUGGGCACAAUUGGCUGAGAAGGCUUUGAACUUAUUGAAAAUGGUUAACAGGAGGAUGUGGAGUGUCCAAACACCGCUUCGCCAAUUCAGUGGAAUCCCAAAUGAUAUUUUGAUGAAGUUAGAGAAGAAGAAUUUCGCCUGGGAAAGGUAUUAUGACCUUUCAUCUCAGGAAAUAGGGCAGCUUAGUCACAUGGGAAGGACGCUUCAUAAAUUCAUCCAUCAAUUCCCCAAACUUAACCUUGCAGCACAUGUUCAGCCAAUUACUCGCACUGUUUUGAGGGUUGAGCUGACAAUAACGCCAGACUUUCAGUGGGAGGACAAAGUUCAUGGAUGUGUGGAGCCAUUUUGGGUGAUUGUGGAAGAUAAUGAUGGUGAAUAUAUUCUUCAUCAUGAAUAUUUCAUGCUGAAGAAGCAGUAUAUUGAUGAGGAUCACACGUUGAAUUUCACGGUGCCAAUUUAUGAACCAUUGCCACCACAGUACUUCAUCCGUGUUGUGUCAGAUAGAUGGCUUGGGUCACAAACUGUUUUACCUGUUUCUUUCAGGCAUCUCAUCUUACCAGAAAAAUAUCCUCCACCGACGGAGCUAUUGGACUUGCAACCACUGCCUGUGACUGCCUUAAGGAAUCCAUCAUACGAAGCUCUUUAUAAGGAUUUUAAGCAUUUUAAUCCUGUUCAGACGCAGGUAUUCACUGUUUUGUAUAGCACGGAUGACAAUGUUUUAGUUGCUGCACCGACAGGGAGUGGGAAGACCAUUUGUGCAGAGUUUGCUAUCUUAAGGAAUCAUCAAAAAGGGCCUGAGAGUGUCAUGCGCGUUGUCUAUAUUGCACCCGUUGAAGCUCUAGCGAAGGAACGGUAUCGUGAUUGGGAGUGGAAGUUUGGAAAGGGUGGUCUUAAAAUGCGGGUUGUUGAAUUAACUGGGGAAACAGCUACCGAUUUGAAACUCCUUGAGAAAGGUCAAAUAAUAAUCAGUACUCCGGAGAAAUGGGAUACUUUGUCCCGCCGCUGGAAACAAAGGAAACAUGUUCAACAGGUUAGCCUCUUCAUCAUUGAUGAACUCCAUUUGAUUGGGGGUCGAGGUGGUCCCAACUUGGAAGUGAUCGUUUCCAGGAUGAGAUACAUUGCGAGUCAAGUUGAGGACAAGAUUCGUAUUGUGGCUCUGUCUACUUCACUUGCAAAUGCAAAGGAUCUUGGGGAAUGGAUAGGUGCUACCUCCCGUGGCCUUUUCAAUUUUCCUCCUGGUGUACGUCCUGUGCCAUUGGAAAUACACAUUCAGGGAGUGGACAUAGCUAAUUUUGAAGUGAGGAUGAAAGCAAUGACGAAAUCAACAUACACUGCAAUUGUUCAACAUACCAAGAAUGGGAAGCCUGCUCUUGUUUUUGUUCCAACAAGGAAGCAUGUCCGAUUCACUGCUGUGGAUCUGAUGACGUACUCUGUAGUGGACAGAGGAGGGAAGAAGCCAUUUUUAUUGCAGACCCCUGAAGAAAUCGAGCCUUUCAUUGACAAAAUUAAUGAUGAAAUGUUGAAAGCCACUUUACGUCAUGGAGUGGGCUACUUGCAUGAGGGCUUAACUAAUUUGGAUCAAGAAGUUGUGUCACAGCUGAUUGCGGCUGGGUGGAUUCAGGUUUGUGUCAUGAGCAGUUCUAUGUGUUGGGGUUUGUCAUUAUCAGCCCACUUGGUGGUCGUGAUGGGAACACAAUAUUAUGAUGAUCGGGAAAAUUCUCAUACUGAUUACCCUGUUACUGAUCUGUUGCAAAUGAUGGGUCAUGCAAGUCGACCUUUAUUAGAUGAUUCUGGGAAAUGUGUCAUUCUUUGCCAUGCUCCUCGUAAAGAAUACUACAAGAGGUUCUUAUAUGAAGCAUUCCCAGUUGAAAGCCAUUUGCACCACUUUCUACAAGAUAAUUUGAAUGCGGAAGUUGUUGCUGGAAUUAUAGAGAACAAGCAAAAUGCUGUGGAUUAUCUUACAUGGACAUUUAUGUACAGGAGGCUCACACAAAAUCCCAACUAUUACAAUCUUCAGGGAGUUAGUCACAGACACCUUUCUGAUCACUUGUCAGAGCUUGUAGAGAACACAUUGAGCGAUUUGGAAGCAAGUAAAUGUGUCGUUAUCGAGGAUGGUAUGGACCUUUCUCCUUCGAAUCUUGGCUUGAUAGCAUCGUAUUAUUACAUCAGUUACACUACUAUAGAGCGUUUCAGUUCUUCUUUGACUUCUGAAACGAAGAUGAAGGGUCUUCUAGAGAUCCUGGUUUCAGCUUCAGAGUAUGAACAACUUCCAAUACGACCUGGGGAGGAAGAGGUGGUCCGGAGGUUGAUUAAUCACCAUAGGUUUUCAUUUGAAAAUCUCAAAUGCAUGGACCCGCAUGUGAAAGCAAAUGCGCUUCUUCAGGCCCACUUUGCGAGGCAGAGUGUGGGUGGGAACCUAUCAUCGGACCAGCGAGAGGUGCUUGUUUCUGCGACUAGAUUGCUUCAGGCAAUGGUUGAUGUUAUUUCGAGCAAUAGCUGGCUGAGCCUUGCUCUUCUUGCCAUGGAAGUCUGCCAAAUGUUGACACAGGGCAUGUGGGAGCGUGAUUCUAUGCUUCUACAGCUUCCACACUUUACAAAGGAGUUGGCCAAGAGAUGCCAAGAAAACCCUGGCAAGAAUAUAGAGACCGUAUUUGAUUUGGUGGAGAUGGAAGAUGAUGAGAGGCGUGAGCUACUGCAGAUGUCGGAUGAACAGUUGGUGGAUAUUGCAAGGUUUUGCAACCGUUUUCCCAACAUCGAUAUGACUUAUGAAGUGCUGGAUAAUGACAAGGUGAGGGCUGGGAGGGAUAUGGUGCUGCAAGUCACUCUUGAGCGGGAUCUUGAGGGAAGGACAGAGGUGGGACCUGUUGAUGCUCCCAGGUACCCCAAGGCCAAAGAAGAAGGGUGGUGGCUUGUUGUUGGCGAUGCCAAAACUAACCAGUUGCUUGCCAUCAAGAGGGUUUCCCUGCAAAGGAAAUCAAAGGUUAAGCUUGAAUUUGCCCCUGCAGAAGCUGGAAAGAAGACGUACACGCUCUAUUUCAUGUGCGAUUCAUAUCUGGGUUGUGACCAGGAGUAUACCUUCACUGUCGAUGUCAAAGAAGCAGCAGGCCCCGGUGAAGAUAGUGGGGAAGAAGAGUAAGUGCAAAUAAAUUAUUCUACAUGAAACUGGGAAUAUUCUUAUCUGAUUAUACUUUAUACAAAGCUUGAGGUAAUCUGUUUUGAGAAUUCAUUCAUUUUGAGGGCAAACAGAGAGAGACUAGAAUAUGGUAUGAAAAUUAUAGCUCUUAAAACUCAUUCAAACCAAACCAAUAAGAAAAAUGGAAACGAGAUACUAAAAACAAAAACAGAGGACCUUUAAUGAUAUACAUCAAACACAAGAAAGGUCAGUUCUUUAUAACUUCAAAAGCUUCAGAGAUUAGUUCUUUUUGAUAAAUAUACAUCAAAUGCAAGAAAGGUCGGUCAUUCAAAAGCUUCAAAGAUGAGUUACUUAUGAUAAAUACCCAUAAAAAGAGAGAAAUCUUACCGUGUGAGGGAGAGUUGAGAGAGGAGCGACGGUACAGGGAGAGAAAUUUUUCUUUGUAGAAGAGUAGGAGAGUAUUUGUAGAAAAACUGACUUUCUUUUUUAUUUUUUAUUUUUUUUAUUUUAUUAUUAUGUGUGUGUUUGAUGUGUAUUUAUAAAAAAGAACUGAUAUCUGAAGCUUUUAAAGUUAUAAACUUAUAAAGAACCAGGACUUCUUGCGUUUGAUGUGUAUUUAUCAUAAAGAGCUAAUCUCCGAAGCUUUUGACUUUAUAAAGAACUGAUCUUUCUUGCGUUUGAUGUAUAUCAUUGAAGGUUCUCUGUUUUUGGUUUUAGUGUCUCAUUUUCAUUUUUGUUACUUGCUUGGUUGUUUGGUUUGAAUGAAUUUAAGAGCAAUAAUUUUCUUAACAGAUUCUAGUCUCUUUCUUUGUUUUCCCUCAAGAUGAAUGAAUGAAUAUUAGUCAUUUUCCCUUUGUCGAGCCUGUCUAUAAUGCUCCGUUUGUUUGGGCGUAAAAUAUUUUCUGUAUUUUUUAGAAUUUGGUAUAACCGAAAAUGAUGGUCAACAAAAAUCAUUUUUAGUUUGACCGUAAAAACUCUUUAAUUUUUGGAAAACGUGAAAACCGUAAAUCGUUUUCUGGAUUUAAACUCUUCAUUUUUGCACACACGUUUGUGAGAAUCUGUCACCGCCGGCAUUGGAGUUUGCUGGUAGCCCGAAUCUACCUUCGAAGGUUCCCGAAUUUUGAUAUCCGAUUGUCGGAAUUCGGCAAGCCAAAUUUUGGCAAAACAAGCUGAAAUUCAAACGGUGCCGGAUUCUGAAUUCGGCGACGUCCGGCCACCGUCACCAGAUUUUGGCUUUCAUCGCUGGAAUUUGGUGAAAGUGGACGGAAUCCCGUCGGUCAGUGACGAAAUCUUGUCAUCGGUAAUUUUUUUGUAAGAGUCAAACACUGAAAAAUAUUUUACAUCGAAACAGAGCAUAAUUUUCAUAAUAGAUUACCUUGAGCUUUCUAUAAUCAGAUAAGAAUACCCGCACAGCAUAC